UUCAGAUGCCUAAAAUUGUCACUGGUAACGGUAAAUGGAAAACGGUUGAUGUUUCUGGUGAAUGUAUCUUUGAUGAUAAUUUCGCAUUUCUUUCAUCAUUCGAAGAAUACAUACCCAUCGAAGAGCAUAAGGAUGUAAACAAAAUAAUGAAGAAUGCGAAAAAGCGGAAAAUAAAUGAUGCAUUGGAUAAAUCAGAAACAAAUGAUGAUCACACAAAAGAGAGAGCGGAGAAGAAAAAGAAGAAAAGGAAAAAGUUGGAAGAAUCCGAGAAGACUGUGGUUACAAAGCAGGUUUCCGUAACGAAGAGUGAAGAAACAAAUGGUGACACUGAAAAAACGAUGAGUGUUAGCAAUGAAGAAAUUGAAUAUGAUGAAGUGGAUGGAAGAGAAGAUGGGAUUCCAGACAUGUCGGGCUGGAUAAAUCUUUAUAUUUCCAAUACAGUUUUAAAAGCUAUCGCUGAUAUGGGAUUUACUGAACCUAUGGAAAUUCAGAGACUUGUUAUACCAAGCGCUAUUAGGGAUCGCUUUGAUAUCAUUGGAGCUGCGGAGACGGGAAGUGGAAAAACACUGGCAUUUGGUGUACCUGUUGUUGAACGUCUAUUAGCAAACCAAUCAUUUGCCGAAAGUAGUGAACAAAAAAAGAGUAUUCGAGCUCUCAUCCUUGCACCGACUCGCGAACUAGUGAUGCAAAUUAGGAACCACAUUCAUGCUUUGCUAAAAUAUACUUCGUUUAAAGUUGCGUCUAUAGUCGGUGGUCUUUCACUACAAAAACAGGAGCGUAUAUUAAAAUAUGUUCCUGAAAUCGUUAUUGCAACCCCAGGACGACUUUUAGCUUUGAUGACAUCAGCUGAAGCCGACAGCUGCCUUUCUGACUGGUCCAACUUACAGUGUCUGGUGGUCGAUGAAACUGAUCGUAUGAUUGAAAAAGGACAUUUUGAAGAUCUGCAGCAUAUUUUAGAUAUUAUAAGGAAGAAUACAUCUAAAAAGCUUCAAACUUUUGUAUUUUCUGCUACCCUUACAUAUACUCAUCCUGUACUCAACAAACGCAGUGAUGUGAGUGCCACUAAAAUGAGUGCAGAUGAGAAAAUUAGCAGAUUGAUUGAAAUCACUGGAAUACGAAAAGAAAAGCACAAAAUUAUCGAUAUUACUGGCGAAAGAGGUACAGCUAAAGCAGUCGUAGAAGCGCGAAUAAACUGCAAUAAUUUGCUGGAAAAGGACACCAGUCUCAUAUAUCUACUGAAUCGUUAUGCUGGACGAACAUUGGUAUUCACUAAUUCAGUCGAUGCAUCCAGAAGGUUACAUGGAAUCUUAAAACAGCUUGAGCAUAAACCAGUUCCGUUAAUGUUGCAUGCGAAAAUGAUGCAAAAGAAGCGUUUGAAAAAUUUGGAAAAAUUUGCUAUAGAGGAAAAUUCUGUUUUGCUUGCAACUGAUGUAGCUGCACGUGGUUUGGAUAUUCGGGAUGUUCAACAUGUCAUUCAUUAUCAAGUACCAAAAACUGCUGAGCUUUAUAUCCAUCGGUGUGGUCGUACAGCACGAGCAACGAAAGAAGGACUUGCCGUUUUACUUAUCGAUUCCCAAGAUGUUCCUUAUUACCAAAGAAUAUGCAGAAAUUUGAGUAGAGAGAAGGAAUUUCCCAUAUUCCCACUCGAUUCACCUGAACUAUAUGGCGUUUUGAAAAAUCGAGUUGAAGUUGCAACAGCAGUUGAAGCGUUAGAUCAUCGAAUGAAGAAGAUGCAUUCCAAACAGACAUGGUUUGAGAAAGCGGCUGCAAGUGCAGAUUUGGAUUUGGACAUAAGUGGAUACAAAAAGGACGCCACAGCGGAAAUGAUUGAAGAUUUACGAAAGCAGAAGAAAGCAUUGUUGACCCAGUUGAAUCGUUUAUUGUCACAGUCACUGCCAGCCAGUUACGUUCAUAUCAAGAAAACUCGUUAUGUAACUGCGGAAAUGGCAUCAAAUUACGGCCGGUCAUCGACACAAAAUGCCAUUGCAUCAUUGACUGAAAAUAUGGCGCAUGAAGAAGUGUUGAAGAAGAAAUGUAGGAGUGUUUUUGUACGGCAUCUUAAUACCUCAAGAAAGAAGAAGAGAAAGCCGAUAAAAAGAUGA